AUGGGCUUCACAGACUUGGUUAGUGACGUUGGAGUCACCGCCCUCAACAACUGGCUGACUACCCGGUCUUACAUUGUCUCUCAUACUCCAUCUCAGGCCGAUGUAGUCUGUUUCAAGGCCGUGAAGUCUGCUCCCGACUCCUCGAAAUACCCCCACGCGGCUCGAUGGUACAAGCAUAUUGCAUCAUAUGAAGAUGAAUUCGCUUCCCUUCCCGGCGACGCAUCCAAGGCCUUCAGUAGCUAUGGACCGGAAGAAAGUGCUGCUCCGGCCCCGGCUGCAGCGGAUAAUGACGAGGAAGAUCUGUUUGGAAGUGACGAGGAAGAGGAUCCCGAGGCUGCUCGAGUCCACGAGGAGCGCCUAGCUGCCUACAAGGCGAAGAAAGCAACCAAGCAGAAGCCAGUCGCCAAGUCUGUAGUAAUUCUGGAGGUGAAGCCCUGGGAUGACGAGACCGAUAUGGUUGCUCUGGAAGCCGCCGUUCGGGGUAUUGAAAAAGAUGGCCUAGUUUGGGGCACUUCGAAGCUGAUCCCCGUCGGGUUUGGCAUCAAAAAACUCCAGAUUAAUCUUGUCGUCGAGGAUGACAAAGUCUCGACUGUCGAGUUGCAAGAGGAGAUUGAAGGUUUCGAGGAUUAUGUCCAGUCUUCGGAUGUGGUCACUAUGCAAAAGCUCUAG